AUGUGUAGCACCCACCUGGAGGAUGCACGGCAGCCAUUUAGUGCCAGAAUGUUCUCCGCAUCACGUCCCCAGCCUCAGCCAUCCCCCUCAGCCUUAGCUAUCCUCCUCAGCCGCAGCCAACCCCCUCAGCCUAAGCCAUCCGCCUCAGCCAUCCCCCAGCCCCAGCCUCAGCCAUCCGCCUCAGCCAUCCCCCAGCCUCAGCCAUCCGCCUCAGCCAUCCCCCCCCAGACCCACCAUCCCUCAGCACAAGCCUCAGCCAUCCCCAGCCUCAGCUUCAGUCUCAGCCCCAGCCAUCCCCCAGCCUCAGCCUUAGCUUCAGACUCAGCCCUUGCCAGAUGGAGAUCAUUAUUAAUAUUAUUGUUUGCCCUGUACCCACCUGCCGAUGAGGAUGAUGCAGUGGAGAUCCGGCCCAUUCCUGACUGUCCCAAAGAGCACAUGGGCGACCGGAUCAUCAUCCGGUGUCAAGCCAUCAAGUUUGAGAUUGAUAUUGAACCACUAUUUGCUACCCUGGCUCUGUACGACCUGAGAGAGAAGAAAAAGAUAUCCGAGAACUUCUACUGUGAUCUGAACUCAGACCAGUUUAAAGGGUUCCUGAAACCCCACACGCCACAGACGGACCACUCCACCCUCUCCCGAGCAGCCAUCUUCUCCAUCACAUACCCCUCCCCAGACAUCUACCUGGUCAUCAAGAUAGAGAAGGUGCUGCAGCAGGGAGAGAUCAGUGACUGUGCGGAACCAUACAUGGUCAUGAAGGAGACGGACUCAGCAAAGAACAAGGAGAAGCUGGAGAAGCUGCGUAAUCAGUCUGAGAUGUUCUGUCAGAGACUUGGUCGUUACCGCAUGCCCUUUGCCUGGGCUACAGUCAACAUCAUGAACGUCAUCAGCACCGCCACACUGGACCGAGACACCACCGACUCUGACAGCCUCAACGGUAAAUCCAGCAGUCUGGAAAAGAGAGGUCAGUUGCCCAGGAGGAACUCAGAGAGGUUCGGUACCAUGGAAGACCAGUGUAACAUGUCUGCCUUCAAACCUGCUACCAUCACCAUCAGCACCUUCUGCAAGCAGGAGGGGGACCGUCUGAGUGAUGAGGACUUGUUUAAGUUCCUGGCAGACAUCAAGAAAUUCUCAUCCCUGCAGAGAAGAAUUAAAACCAUACCAGGUACAAUAAGACUGGAUGUGACUCCGGUCCAUGACAACCCAGUGGCCUGUCUGUCUACUGAGCUGAUCCCAGUCAAACCACUGGCUGAGAAGAACGUCCGACCUGUCAAAGAGGUGUUGGAGUUCCCCUCCAGCGAGGUCUAUGUUCCACACAGCACUUACAGGAACCUGCUCUAUGUAUACCCCCAGCGACUCAACUUUGUCAACAGGCUGACUUCAGGAGGAAGGAAUAUCACUAUUAAAAUCCAGUUUAUGAGUGGAGAAGACCCCAGCUGUGUGAUGCCUGUCAUUUUUGGAAAAUCGAAUGGUCCUGAGUUUGUGCAGGAAGUAUACACCCCAGUCACGUACCAUAACAAGUCUCCAGACUUCUAUGAGGAGGUGAAGAUGGUUCUGCCUGCCAGGCUGACUGAGAGACACCACCUGCUGUUCACAUUCUACCACAUCAGCUGUCAACAGAAACAGAACCAGACUGGAGCCAGUGAGACACUCAUAGGUUACUCUUGGCUGCCUAUACUGAGUACUGACAGACUACAGACUGGUCAGUACUGCCUCCCUAUCGCCCUGGACAGAUUGCCUGUCAACUACUCACUGCACUCACCUGAGAGGAUUACCCCUCAGGUUCCUCCAGUCAAGUGGAUGGAAAGUCACAAAGGAGUUUUCAACCUGGAGAUACAGGCUGUGUCCUCAGUACACACACAGGACAACCACUUGGAGCGUUUCUUCACAUUGUGCCAUGCCCUGGAGGGCGGAGUGACGUUCCCUCUCCGGGUUCGGGAAGAGAAGAUUCCGGAGAACAAGCUGGAGCAUGAGCUGAAGCUGAGCAUCAUCUCCCUGUCGUCCUCCAGACUAGAACCUCUGGUCCUCUACCUUCAUCUGGUCUUAGAUAAACUGUUCACCCUCAUCAUGCAGCCCAUGGUCAUCGCUGGACAAACAGCCAACCUGGCCCAGAUAGCGUUUGAGUCAGUGGUGUCAAUCGUCAACAGUCUCCACAACAGCCAGGAGUUGGCCAGGGACCAGCAGGGCAGGAACGGUCUCCUAGCAACAUACCUGUACUGGGUGUUCCGUCUGCCUGACUCCAAUGAGCUCCUUAACACAGGUCCAGGGGGUGUGGUACCUCCCACUGAGGGCCGCUACAGUACUAUGGGGCGGGCCUCGGCCACCACAGUCGGAACCAUGUUACUGCAGUCCCGGCUCCGCAGCAGCAGCAACCCUGAUAUCCCUGCCCCACACAGUGCAGAAGACACAGAGGUGAAAAACAUCCUGUCAGCUAAGGGCCAGAACAACCCAGGCAGUCGUAUGUCGACCUAUGUGGAUGUGAGCAGCCACCCUCAGAGCUCUACGGGCGGGACCCGGCCCUCCAACAGAAAACAGUUCCAUGAAGAGUUGGCUCUACAGAUUGUGGUCAGCACAGGAGUCUGCAGAGAGAACGCAUAUAAAUAUGCCUGGUUCUUCUUUGAACUGUUGGUGAAGAGCAUGGCCCAGCAUGUGUCUCAGCUGGAGAAGCAAGACGUCCCUCGCAGGAGCCGCUUCUCAGACCGCUUCAAAGAUGAUGUCACAACCAUCGUCUCUGUGGUUACUGCUGAGAUAGGGACCAUCCUGGUCAAACAGCAGAAGGAGUUGGAGCAGGCAGAGAAGGUGAACAUCAGCCUGGCCUUCUUCCUGUAUGACCUGCUGUCUCUAAUGGACCGAGGCUUUGUCUUCAUCUUGGUCAAAAACUACUGCAACCAGAUGUCGACAAAGACCGUUUCCAUGCCAAUCCUGAUUAGCAUGCGAUUGGAGUUCCUGCGUAUCCUGUGCAGUCACGAGCACUACCUCAACCUCAGCCUUUACUUUAGUAGCCCUGCCUCUGCACCCGUCUCUCCAUGCCCAUCCAUCUCCUCACAGAGCUCCAGUUCCUGUAGUUUCCAGGAGCAGAGGAUCCUGGGGCUGUUUGAGCUGUCCCAGGAGUUUAAACAGCAGCACUACCUCGCUGGUCUACUGCUCACUGAGCUCAGCGCUGCACUGGACAUGGAGUCAGAGGGGGGUAAGGUCCAGAAGAAGGCCAUCAACGCCACCUACAGUCUGCUGUGUGCCCAUGACCUGGACCAGCGCUGUACCCGUCCUGAUGUCCGGGCCAAGGUGGCCACUCUCUACCUCCCCCUGGUGGGCAUCAUCAUUGACUCCAUCAACUACCUGGACUUCACAGUGUCCGAGGCUCGCGGAGGGAAGAGUAAGACUGGAGGGGCAGACGAAGACCCUGACAGCAUCCCGCCCAUUAACCAGUCUAUUGCUAUGGCAAUCGCCGGCAAUCCCUUCAACACCUUGGCGAGGAAUGCCCUGGCUUCCAUGGCGUCUGUGCAGUCUGCUAAGGCAGUGGCCACCCUGUCAGCAGAGACCAGUCGUAACCUGCUGCUGUGUUUCCUGUGGGUGAUGAAGAACGCUGAGAGGAGUCUGAUCCAGCGCUGGACUGUAGACAUGCCCUCAGCACAGCUCAACAGACUGCUAGAACUACUCACCAUCUGUGUUUCCUGCUUUGAGUACAGGGGGAAGCGGAGUAGUGAUAAGGUGAGCACGCAGGCCUUACAGAAGUCCCAGCAGGCCAAGAUGCAGCUGGAGGACUCCCUACUGAGGGGCAUCGGAGCCCGGGGGGAAAUGAUGCGACGGGCUGGAGGAAGUGACCGUGCAGGUCAGAGAGUGAACCUGCGCUGGAGAAAAGACCUGACACAGUGGAGGCAGACCAAUGACAAACACGACAAAACCAAAGCAGAGCUGGACCAGGAGGCUCUGAUCAGUGGGAAUCUGGCUACUGAGUCCAACCUCAUAGUCCUGGACCUACUGGAGACCAUAGUACAGGCUGUUCCAUUGGCUGACUGUAAGGAAAGUGUUGUGGGUGGUGUGUUGAGGGUGUUGCUACACUGUCUCACCUGCAACCAGAGUACAACCUUCCUGUCUCACUGCUUCAGCACACUGCGAGCACUCGUCGUCAAGUUUGGUGACCUGUUAUUUGAAGAGGAAGCCGAACAGUGUGCAGACCUGUGUCAGAAGGUGCUCCAGCACUGUAGCAGUCCUGUGGAUGGAAAUAGAAGCCAGGCCUGCGCUACCCUAUACCUCAUCAUGAGAUACAGCUUCAGCUCAGCCAAUAACUUCUCCCGGGUGAAGAUGCAGGUGACUAUGUCUCUAGCCUCUCUGGUGGGGAAGUCCUCGGACUUCCAUGAGGAGUACCUCCGCAGGUCCCUACGCACCAUACUGGCCUAUGCAGAGGAGGACACAGAGAUGCAGAACACACCGCUGCCCUCACAGGUGGAUGAGCUGCUGAGGAACUUAAACAGUAUCCUGUCAGACACGGUGAAGAUGAGAGAGUUCCAGGAAGACCCAGAGAUGCUCAUGGACCUCAUGUACAGGAUAGCGAAGGGUUACCAGACGUCUCCUGACCUGAGGUUGACCUGGCUGCAGAACAUGGCGGAAAAACACAAGAACAGGAAGUGUUUUACCGAGUCGGCCAUGUGUCUGGUCCAUGCUGCAGCCCUGGUGGCUGAAUACCUCAGCAUGCUGGAGGACCACAAAUACCUACCUGUGGGCAGUGUCACCUUUCAGAACAUCUCUCCCAAUGUGCUGGAGGAGUCCGCGGUAUCAGAUGACAUACUGUCCCCAGAUGAGGACGGUGUCUGUUCAGGACAAUACUUCACCACCAGUGGUCUGGUGGGCCUACUGAAGCAGGCUGCGGAACUCUUCAGCAACGGUGGUCUGUAUGAGACAGUGAAUGAAGUGUAUAAGAUCAUAAUGCCUGUUCUGGAGGCUCACAGAGAUUUCCGGGAGCUGGUCUCUACUCACGAGAAACUCCAGAGAGCCUUCGACAACAUCAUUCAGAAGGGCCAUAAGAGGAUGUUUGGGACGUAUUUCCGGGUGGGUUUUUAUGGGGCCAAGUUUGGAGACCUGGACGAACAGGAGUUUGUUUACAAGGAGCCAGGGAUCACCCACCUGCCAGAGAUAUCCCACAGACUGGAGAACUUCUACAGUCAGUGUUUUGGCGAUGCCCUGGAGAUGAUCAAAGACUCCAAAGACAUAGACAGAAGCAAACUGGAUGCUAACAAGGCCUACAUACAGAUCACCUACGUGGAGCCCUUCUUUGAUGACUAUGAGAUGAAAGACCGCCUGACCAACUUUGAGAAGAACUUCAACUUGCGUCGCUUCAUGUACACCACGCCCUUCACAAAGGCCGGGCGGCCGCGUGGUGAGCUCAACGAGCAGUACAAGAGGAAGACCAUCCUCACCACCAUGCACACCUUCCCCUACAUCAAGACACGCAUCAACGUCAUCCAGAAAGAAGAGUUUGACCUGACUCCCAUUGAGGUGGCCAUCGAGGACAUGCAGAAGAAGACCAGGGAGCUAGCAGUAGCCACACACAGAGAGCGUCCCGAUGCUAAGAUGCUCCAGAUGCUUCUACAAGGCUCUGUGGGAGCCACCGUCAACCAGGGACCGUUGGAGGUGGCCCAGGUCUUUCUGAAUGAGAUCCCAGCAGACCCCAAGCUCUUCCGCCACCACAACAAACUGCGCCUGUGUUUCAAAGAGUUCAUCAUGAGGUGUGGUGAGGCUGUGGAGAAGAACAAGCACCUGAUCACGUUAGACCAGAAGGAGUACCAACAGGAGUUGAAGAAGAACUACAACCGUCUGAGAGAGAACCUGCGGCCCAUGCUGGAGAGGAAGAUACCCGAGCUCUACAAACCCAUCAAACCACGCCUGGGGAACAGGGAUUCCGUCAAACGGCUCAGUUUCCGCAGAGCACUGGAGGAGAACUCCUGAGACGGCCAGACAGACUCCUCUAUCUGAGGGAAUGCUCCAGAGGCCAGAGAAAAAAAGGAUGCUGUAAAAGUAGAAAAGGCGGCAAAGGGAAGAGGGAGAGCAGAAGGGAGCUAGCAGUCCUCAUUCACCAUGGAAGAGCAGUACUGUACACAUGAUUACACGGAGGACUUACAAUCAUAUCUGAAUCAAUAACACAACAUUGCUAGUUCUCUUGAGUUCUAUGAUUACUGCUAGUCCUAACGAUGCUGCAAACUACUGUGGGUUUGAGAAAGACUAGUACAAGUUCCACAUUUAAGGGAUACUUCAGGAUGUUGGCAAUGAAUCCCUUUAUCUACUUCCCCAGAGUCAAAUGAACUUGUGGACACCAUUUUUAUGCCUCUGUGUGCAGCUUGAAGGAAGUUGCUAACUAGCGCUAGUUCAACUGCCAACUAGCGUUAGCGCAAUGACUGGAUGUCUUUCGUAACUGUUGGCAUGCUAGUAGAUGGGUCAAAGACGUAUAAGGUUUUCAAAGUAGCAAAAAAACAAAACAGCAAUUACAAUUCCCUAAAAGGCUUUUUUAAAUGUUAGUUGGAGUGUCACCUAUGCUCAUAUUAGUUAUAUUCAAGAAUAAAGCCAAUAAUUCAUUUUUAUUGUGAUUUCAAAUAAAUGUACCUUACUGUU